UGGACUUUUAAUGGGCCAGUGUAUUAUUGUUGGCCUUUCUUAAGAAUCAUUAGGGAAAGUUAAUUAAAAACACACAGCAUCGGUUAUUAAUCGGUUAAGCAAACUCCCUCCAAAUGGGACGUAACCAAAACUCUUUCGUUCGCCUUUUCGGGAAAUAUACCGAUUCGAUACUCAUCAAACCGUCGACGUUUCAUCUCUCACCACCACUUCUUUAUCUCCCUCUCUCUUUGACUUUGCCUCUCUCUCUACCUCACUGUGCUCGUGAAUAGUUACCUUAUCCGCCGUGCGGCUCUCCACGAUCUCAAACGGUUCGGCUGAUAACACUAAGCCUUCUUCGUUGAUUGCUCCUUGUUUCGUAGAAGUCUCACCAUCUCUGAUCUCGAAUUUCUGACUCCAUCGAAACGGUUAAUGGACACCAUCGCUGGAUUCUCCGAUUCCUAUGAAAUCAGCAACCAAAGCAGCACUAUCGUAUCCACCGCACCAACUGAUAACACCGAAUCAUCUGUUGCUCAUCCACCAGAGCUUCCAGUGGAUUUACCGGCGUUUCAACUGCUCUCCAACAACCUCGAGUCCCUAUUCGACUCGUCGGAAUCGCUCUACAGCGACGCCAAGCUGAUUCUCUCCGAUGAUCGGGAAAUUUUCCUCCACCGUUGCAUCCUCGCAUCGAGAAGCCCCUUCUUCAAAAACGCGUUAGCAGCAGCAGCAGCCGCGGACGAGAAGGAGGAGGAAUCCACCGCCGUUAAGCUCGAGCUGAAGAAGAUCGCGACGGAUUACGAAGUCGGAUUCGAUUCGGUUGUGGCGGUAAUGUCGUACGUUUACAGCGGCAGAGUGAGGCCGCCGCCGAAGGGAGUUUCUGAUUGCGCUGACGAGGAUUGCUGCCACGUGUCAUGCCGUCCAGCGGUUGAUUUCAUGGUGGAGGUUCUCUACUUGGCUUUCGUCUUCCAGAUUCCGGAGUUGGUUGCAAUGUAUCAGAGGCAUUUACUGGAUGUUGUAGACAAAGUUAUCAUAGAGGAUACAUUGGUUCUACUCAAGCUUGCUAACAUCUGUGGUGAAGCAUGCAAGAAGCUAUUUGAUAAAUGCACAGAGAUCAUUGUUAAGUCCAAUGUAGAUAUAGUUACUCUUAACAAGUCAUUGCCGCAGCACAUUGUGAAACAAAUUAUUGAUAUCCGUAAAGAGCUUGGUUUGGAAGUACCUGAACCGGAGAAACAUGUCUCGAAGAUUCACAAAGCGCUUGAGUCUGAUGAUCUUGCGCUUGUGGACAUGCUUCUGAAAGAAGGCAACACGAGUCUAGACGAUGCGUAUGCUCUUCAUUUUGCUGUUGCUUACUGUGAUGUGGAGACUGCUACUGAUCUUCUGAAACUUGAGCUUGCGGAUGUUAACCGGAGAAAUCCGAGGGGGUACACGGUGCUUCACGUUGCUGCGAUGCGGAAGGAGCCGAGUUUGAUAGCGUUUCUGUUGACGAAAGGGGCGAAUGCGUCGGAGAUGGCUUUGGAUGGUAGAACUGCUCUCUUGAUUGCGAAGCAAGUCACUAAGGCGGGUGAGUAUAACAGUAUUCCGGAGCAAGGCAAGGAUUCUCCUAAAGGCCGACUAUGUGUAGAGAUACUAGAGCAACCAGAUAAACUAGAUCCGUUUCGUGAAGACGCUUCUCCCUCUCUUGCACUGGCCCCUGAUAAUGAACUGAAGAUAAGGUUGAUUGAUUUUGAAAACAGAGUUCAAAUGGCUCGAUGUCUCUUUCCAAAGGAAGCACAACUUGCAAUGUAUAUCGCGGAGACGAAGGGAACAACCGAGUUUAUCGUGAAUAGCCUAGAGCCUGACGGCACUGGUGCAAAGAGGUCAGCACCGGACAUAUACACGGCACCUUUCGUAUUCCUAGAAAAGCAUCGGAGUAGACUAGAAGCGCUUUCAAAAACUGUGGAAUUGGGGAGACGCUUCUUCCCACGCUGUUCCGCAUUGCUGGAUAAGAUUGCGGACUGUGAGGCCUUGAGUAUACUUGCUUUCGUAGAGAAAGACACUCCUGAGAACCGACUGGAGAAGAGGCAAAAGUACAUGGAAAUACAGGAGAGUCUGCUAAUGGCCUUUAGUAAAGACAAUGAGGAACGUGGAAAGUCGUCUCGGUCAGGUUCCUUUUCUUCCACAUCGAAAUCAACAAAGAGGUCUAACGGUAAACCGUCUAACCGACGAUUUCGGUGA